UGCUGCAACAAGUGAUGAAAUCUUUUCCUAUCUUGACAAAUCAUGUCAUGCAAAUGUAUUCUGGGUUUGGUCCUCUGGUCUUCCUACAGAACAACGUCCCUGUUAUUUUGUCAUCUCAAGAAGGCAUCCAUCAGGGAGAUCCUCUAGGACCAGUUCUGUUUUCUUUAGGCAUACAACAAACCCUGGUUGAUUUGCAAAGCAAUUUCCAAGCAAUAAGAGUGCUAGCUUAUCUUGAUGAUGUUUUCUUAGUUGGACCAGCAAAACAUGUCCUUGAUGCUUUUUCCACUCUUCAACCUGAAUUUUUCAAAAUAGGAUUGGAAAUACAGGAAACAAAAUGUGAAAUAUACUGUUCAUACGACAAAGAAGACACCUUCUCUUCUGAAUAUACCAUACCUGUUUCGAGUGAAGGCAUUGUGAUACUAGGAACACCAAUUGGGAAACGUGAAUAUGUUGCACGAGCAUGUUCCACUAUUGCAGAAAAAGGGAAUGAUCUUUGUAGACAGCUUGUCGACUUGGAUAAUGUGCAAGCAUCCAUGUUGCUUCUUAGAUACUGUCAUACCACACGGCUAAAUCACUUAGCAAGAGGAACGUGUCCAGAAACACUGGCACAGGCAGCUACUAUCCACGACAAGCAAACAAAAUCUACCUUCUCUUGUUUGCUAGGAAAUGUUGACAUCACUGGAAAUAUGUGGAAGCAAGCAACAUUGCCAGUAAGACUAGGAGGUUUUGGUAUGACUUCCCUAAACGAAGUGGCACCCUUUGCUUUUGUUGCCAGCUGGGCACAUUCUCUUAAGCUAUUGCCUGAUCGCUUUCCUGCUCUUCAAGAUCAAGUCAACUCUUUAGUGACAUCAUCUAAUCAUGCGAGUGAUAUUGGGCUAACUUUAGAACACCAUCUCAAAGAUAUUUCAACGUUGUCGGAUUUGUUGCCUAACACAAAAAAGUUGCAACAUCGUCUAACAACAGAAUUUGUACAAUCGAAAGCAGAUCAGUUGAUUGAAACUGGUUCUAACCGAGAUGCAGCACGAUUGCGUUCAAUUAGAGGUAAAGGAGCAGGAGCAUGGUUAGAUUCCAUUCCAUCUUCAGAGAAGUUUGCACUUUCAUCUGGCAAUUUUGUCUUGGCGGCUUCUCUCAGAUUGGGUCUACCUUUGUCUUUACCACCUUGGGCCACUAAAUGUGAAUGUGGAAAGUCACUAGAUGUUGAAGGGUACCAUUUACUAACAUGCAAAAUGGGUGGAGGCCCAGUUUGGUCUCACAAUUCUGUUGUUUUGUGCUGGUCUGAAUGCAUGAGCAGUCUACAAUGCCAGCAUCAAAUUGAACCAAAAGAUAGAUAUACAACAUCCAACAAUAGAGCAGACAUUGUUGUGUUUGACUCAACAUGUGGGGGAAAUGUCGAGCUUGAUGUGGCCCUUGCUCACCCCUGGAGCCAGGACAUUCUGCGAAGUGCAGCAACUACGGAUGGAGCUGCAGCAAGAAGAAGAGAAGACAUCAAACAUAACAAAUAUUCUCAAGAGCAGUUGCCUGGAGGGUACACUCCUACCCUUAUUCCACUAGUUUUCGAGCACUUUGGUGGGUGGGGAGAAGAAGCAUCAACGUUCCUCAAUAAACUUUCCAAACUAUAUAGAGAUGAAGAAGGAAGAAACAAUCCCUCAGAUUUUAAAACACAUUGGAGAAGACGCUUGUCAGUACAACUUCAGCGUUGCAAUGCCUCGGUUUUGGCUAGAAAGAUGAUCAGAGUAACAUAUGGACAGAAUACUGACCAGAGUUUAGAUGUUGUUCAACUUUCAAUUCAGUAAACUAAAUUUCGGUUUGUAGGCUCCGUAGGGGAGCUUUUUAAUGCUACUUGUUAUUUGUGUAAUUGUAAUUGUAGUUGUGACACUUGUUGUUCAUUAGCUGUUACUUUAGUUUCAUCUGUAUUAGCUUUGAUGUAUAAAAAUAUAUGAAAAU